UACCAUUCCUUUGGGUGACCAUUCAUCACACCACUAACUCUUCUUCUAUUAAUUGCUACAUUUUAUUUGAGCCUGUGUGAAAGAAAGCUCAGAAAGCCAUGGAAGUGGUGAAAGCCUUGGAAGUGGUUGAGCCAGCCUUCAUCCAAGAACCUCAGCACAGGCCGAAACAAGGCGUCAAGCCGGCCGAAGGCAUUCCAUUGAUCGACCUCUCCGGAGCAAUAUCAAACUCCAGCCCCGAAACCCUUAAGAAAGUGGCUAGAGAGGUAGGCAAUGCAUGCAAAGAGUGGGGUUUCUUCCAAGUUAUCAACCAUGGGGUUCCGGCGGAGACGCUCAAAAAGCUAGAGAGCGCGAGGAACAAGUUCUUCUCCUUGCCAUUGGAGGAGAAGAGGAAAGUGAGGAGGGCAGAGACGAACUUUUUGGGUUACUACGAGCACGAAUUCACCAAGAACGUUAGAGAUUGGAAUGAGCAUUAUGAUAUUUCAUUGAUAGAACGCUAUCCAUUCCCUGCUUCCCCUGAUGUUAAUGACACUACUAUGGUUGAUUAUUUCAAUAGGUGGCCUGAAAAUCCUCCAGAAUUCAGGGAAGCAUGUGAAGAAUUUCUUAGAGAAACGGAAAAAUUGGCUUUUAAGCUCUUGGAACUCAUUGCUCUAAGCCUAGGCUUGCCAGGGAACAGGUUCAAUGGCUAUUUUAAAGACCAAACAAGCUUUAUCAGACUCAAUUACUAUCCACAAUGCCCUAACCCUGACCUAGCUCUUGGUAUUGGUCGCCACAAGGAUGGUAAUGUCUUGACCGUUCUUGCUCAAGGUGAGGUUAGUGGAUUGGAAGUCUCUAGGAAAACUGAUGGAAAAUGGAUUGCUGUUAAACCCAUCCCGAACGCUUAUACCAUUAACAUUGGCAAUAUGAUGCAGGUUUGGACUAAUGAGAUAUAUGAGAGCGUGGAGCACAGAGUAACUGGGAACAGCGAGACGGAAAGGUAUUCAGCCCUAUUUUCACUAAACCCGUCGCACUACGUCACCAUGAAGCCCUUGGAAGAGUUGACCAUUGAUGAAAAUCCUCCCAAGUACAGGGAAUUCAACUACGGCAAGUUCACGGCUUUUAGAAAGCUCAGUAAUUUUAAGAAACUUAAUGCUGAAAACAUCCAAGUUGAGCACUUCAGGAUAUAGAAAAUCAGAGGCAGAAAUUAAUUGAAGCCCCAUGAGUGUGUUGUGAUUGUGUAUUUUUCUUUUUUGUUCUCUCUCUUCAAUAAGCUAGUGUAUUGUUUUUCUGUAUUUUUCUUUUUUUCUUUUUUUUAAAUUUUUAUCUUGAUGGAGAGAUCAAUAACUUCAAUAUUGGAUUAUCUCCAUGUGGACUUAUGUGUGUCUUUUUUGUUAAAUAAAAUGUACCAAAUGUUGGUACCAUGUUGUGCUAAUAAAA